CCGUGCGGCUCCAUCUUUGACCCGGACUGACCAAGCCCAAAGUUGAUCGACCAACCUCACCUACUCCGCUCCCUCCUCAAUAUCAUCGCCAGCCGAACCAAGGCUGCCACUUCUCUUCAAAAGCUGUAUACCACAAAUAAUACAGCAAAUCGCGGAGCCACGACCGAGUCGUUUCCUCAGCAGCAAAGCAAACUCAAGUCAUUUCGUCAUAAUCGAGCUUCCCAGACGCCCCCCGCCCCCACAUGGGGAUUACACUAGCUGCCACCUGCAGGGCCGACAGGAGACUGGAACCAAAACAACCUCAGCGAGACCCUUUUCCUUAAUUGCUUGCCUGACUCCUGAGAAACAAACUCCUGCGUCUGCAGAAACUUUCAGCUGGCAACAUGUGGAACGACGAGGACAACAACCCUUAUGGGAACAACUUUGACAGGCGGGAUUCUUUCACCUCCUCUUCCGUGAACCCGGUUUCUCCUACGCGCGACUAUCCUCGAUACGACCAGCCGCAAACGCCAUCCUCCACCGGAGAUGAGGCUCCACCUCCACGCGUGUACGGUGCGCCAGCAAGCGAUGAUACCGAAAGCGAUCGCGAAUCUGCAGCGGGACAUGGCGAACUUGUGCCCAGGCGAAAGCCGGGUGGCUACGAUAGCCGCAUCGAGCAGAUACUCUACGAGCACCCCGAGCUCCCGAUCCUCAUCACCGAUGCCGGCAAGAGUCUAGAGAGCGGUGGCAGAUACAUUGUCUACACAAUCAGGACUGGAGACCUUGAGGUACGGAGACGAUACUCGGAAUUUGCUUCACUGCGAGAUGCCCUUACACGCCUACACCCGACUCUCAUCAUCCCGCCGAUACCCGAAAAACACACCAUGGCCGACUACGCGGCCAACCCCACCAACGCCAAGCAAGAUCAGCAGAUUAUUGAUCUGAGGAAACGCAUGUUGGCUGUCUUUCUCAAUCGAUGCAGAAGAAUGGAGGACAUCCGAAAGGAUGGUGUAUGGUGGAGGUUCCUAGAUCCGAACGCCAGCUGGAGUGAGGUUCUUCACUCGCAUCCUGUGGCAUCCAUUCCUAAAUCUGUGUUGAAAGCACCACCUCUGGAUACUGCGAAUCCUACCCCUGCCCAUAGUUACCUUCCCAUCCCAUCCAGCUCGGCCAAGCUUAGAAUUGGCUCCAACGGCGUACAGUCUGAUCAUAUGGCAAAUGCAUCCGCCGGGCAGCCUCGUCUCCCGUCCGAUACAAGCAACUUGAGCGAGCAGGAGUUGGACCCUUACUUCAACUCCUUUGAGGCCUCAAUAAAGGAACUGGAGCAGCUUCUUGCCGGGCCUAUGGAAAAGGUCAAUAGGAGAACCUUAAAUCACUUAUCAUCACUGGCAGCGGAUCUUUCGGAACUAGGAGCUAGGUACAAUGCGUUUGCCUUGUCGGAACAGGCGCCGUCACUUGGGCCAGCUAUAGAACGGGUCGGACAAGCGUUUGACUCGUCCUACAUUGCAACAGAGGAGCUGUCUAGUUCGCUGGGCGCUAGUUUCGCCGAGCCCAUGCGGGAAAAUGCUCAAUUUGCGGGUGUAGUUCGGAGCGUCCUCAGGUAUAGGGUCUUGAAGCGUGUACAGCAGGAGAUGACGAACGAGGAGCUGAACAAAAAGAGGGCUCUACUCGACCAACUUGAGCGCAGCGAGGCGGAAGCCCGUCGAAUCGAUCAGUAUCUUAGUGGCAGCCAGACGAUCCAACCUCCACGGAGAUCUGCUAGCGCUCGUGACGCCUCAACCUCACAACCCUCCUAUCAGCAGCAUAGACGCGAUGGUAGCCAGGAGGACACCGCUUCGAUUGAUUCGGACUUCCCACCUACACAUGGUGAUCUCUCAUCAGCGCCAUCUGCUAAGAUCGGGGCGCCAGAGCGAGGUAGUGGUGGCGGCAGCCCCGGUCAUAAGAAGGCCGCGAGUGGUAACUCCAUCACCAAUAAGAUCUUUGGCCCGAUCAGGCAUGCCGUGCAAGGAGUUGUCGACCAUGAUCCGGAACGCACGAGGCGGGAUACCAUUGGCAAAACACGCGAAUCUAUCAGUCACUUGGAGCAGGCACAGGUUGCCGUAGCGAAGGAUGUCGUGGAAGCAAGCGCGAGUGUGCUCAAGGAUAUGAAGAGAUUCCAGCGGGAGAAGGAGGAUGACUUGAAACGUUAUAUGCUGGCAUACGCCAAGUCACAGAUCGAAUGGGCAAAGAAGAACAAGGAAACGUGGGAGGAGGCCAAGGUAGAGAUUAACAAGAUCGACGAGUCUUAAGGGGUACUACAUUAACAUAAACAGAGAAAAGAAGAAAAAAAAAAGCGCCGCUAUUUGAUAGCAUCGGCGGGGUGUUCGGG